AUGCGUUUCUCCACUGUAAUAAUCUCUUCCCUUGCAGCGCUCGUCAGCGCUGCCCCAAACGAGCUCAUUGCCCGUAACAAUGAACAAGUCAGCGCUGCUAUUCGAUUCGCUGCUCUUGCCGACGGCUGUAGCCUCCUCAAGUGUGCGGAGGUUGUCGCCAACGUUGCUUGCAUCGCCGCCGCGAUUGUUGUCGAACCAGAGAGCGGAGGUACUAGCACUGCCGCAGUGAUUGCUUGUGUGAAGGAUGGUUUGGGCGAAGUUUGCGAAUGUGGUGCAUGCGUCCCCGGCCUCUCAACCUUCUUGACCAACAACAAAGUUUGCUAG